AUGUACCUAUGGCUUAUUGGCUGUUUACACUACCUCAUGCAUACUCGACCAGAUAUCUCAUACGCGGUGAGUAUCUUGAGUCAAUUCAUGCAUCAGCCACAAGAGAUUCAUUUAUAUGCAGCAUAUAGAGUGUUAUAUUACUUAAAGGGCACACUCAGCAAAGGAAUACUCUUCAAACACAGUGGGAAAGUAAAUGUCAAAAUGUUUACAGAUGCUGAUUAUGCAGGGUCAAUAAUUGACCAGAAAUUAACCACUGGUAAUCUCACAUUUAUUGGUGGGAAUCUGGUUACUUGGAGAAGUAAAAAACAGACCGUGGUAGCCCAUUCAAGUUUUGAGGCAAAACUCAGAUCACUUGCCCAAGGGGUUUGUGAACUUCUCUGA